AAAAGGAAGACCCGCUGUUUCUUAAUUUGAAAGAUAGCCACCCCCUUUAUAAGUCCUCUCUACUACUCCGUACUAGACUAGAUCAUUUUUUGAUUUCCUCUACUCUCCAGCUAAAUCAACAUCGCCGGAAUUCAACGCCGGUGCCAUCUCAGCCGCAGGUGAAGUUCAUCGCUCAAAAUGGCUGCUAAGCCCGCUAUAAUCGCAUUGUUCGAUGUCGAUGGGACACUUACAGCUCCCAGAAAGGAGGUAACGCCAGAGAUGUUGAAAUUCAUGAAAGAAUUGCGCAAGGUUGUUCCUGUUGGUGUUGUUGGAGGAUCUGACUUAACUAAGAUAUCAGAGCAACUUGGAAAGACAGUUAUUAAUGACUAUGAUUAUGUUUUCGCGGAGAAUGGACUCGUGGCUUAUAAAGAUGGUGCGGAGGUUGCCAUCAUGAGCUUGAAGAAACUUCUCGGAGAGGAAAAGCUCAAGGAGUUCAUCAAUUUUACGCUAAAGUACAUUGCAGAAUUGGAUAUUCCUAUAAAAAGGGGAACAUUCAUAGAGUUUCGAAAUGGAAUGAUCAAUGUUUCACCUAUUGGGAGAAACUGUAGCCAAGAAGAAAGAGACGAAUUUGAAAAGUAUGACAAGAUCCAAAAAGUACGUUCAACUAUGGUGUCUGUAUUGCGCGAGAAGUUUGGUCACUUUAACCUGACAUUUUCAAUAGGAGGGCAGAUAAGCUUUGAUGUUUUCCCUCGAGGUUGGGAUAAGACCUACAGUUUGCGGUACCUUGAGGACUUCAAUGAGAUUCACUUUUUUGGUGACAAAACUUUUGAGGGUGGAAAUGACUAUGAAAUUUUUGCAUCUGAGAGGACUGUAGGUCAUACAGUUACCAGUCCUGAGGAUACAAUGAAGCAGUGUACAGAGAUUUUCCUGACCAAGAAAGAAUGAGACAUCUGCUGUCUACAUCAUCUAUUGACACAGUUUUUUUAAGAAGGUUCGGACUACGAAUUUAUACAGAACAUUAAAUUAAACAAGCAAAAACUUCAUAUACCCGUUCGCAAAAUUCUGCAAUUCAUCAAGUUCCUAAAGUAUUUGUAUAACAUGUUAGGAAGUUCACUUAUUUCUGGUGAAUGGCAUCAAAAUGUUUGUCCAAUCCUUGCCAUUGACUACAUUGUAUUGUGGUUUUCCUUUCUUGUAACAUUGGUUUACUUCAUUGAAUUUUAAAGAAACGUAUAGCAGGAAUAAAUUUACGUUUUUGCUCA